AUGUCGCCUCAUGCUGCGAAGAGAAGGAAGCUUAGCUCUUCUCCAGAAGUUGACCAACCACCAAAUCUCACCAGCCAGAGAAGCCAGGGACUGCCGGUCAAUACUGAUUUAAAGUAUACCACAGCGAGCGGAGAUCUGCCAACCAAAGAUCUUCUCAGAUCGAAGCCCUCAACGAAUGGUGCAAUAGUCAAGCGGGGAGAUGGCUAUCGUUCUGCGGAGCUGGCUUCUGCCACCGGGUUAUACAAAUCCAGUUUCUUCAAGCUGCAGAUGGACGAGUUGCUUGCUGAUUCGAGGCCAAAUUAUGAUAGUCAAGGAUCACGAAUUCGCGAUACUCUCCACAAAUUGAAGGCGGCCAUUGAACGUUUUCCGGAGAGACUGCCGAAAUUGGCUGUUGAUGCGGAAAAGGAACUACGCACAGAGCAUGACAUUGUCGUGCCAUUCCCUGAACCACGUCCCGGGAAGGAUACAAAAUAUUUGCUGUCAUACGCUAAGCCGGUGAAUAUAAACGUCGUCGGAAGUUUCGCUCUUAGAACAGGCACGAGAACAGCAGAACCUUAUGUGACUGAUUUGGCUGUAACGAUGCCAAGCUCGAUCUUCCAGGAAAAGGACUAUGUCAAUUAUAGGUAUUUCCACAAACGGGCGUACUAUAUUGCAUGUAUCGCUGCGGCGAUUCGAGAAACGAAGGACCUUGACCUUCGACUCAAGUUUGAAAUGCAUGAUGGGGACAGCCUUCGUCCUGUCAUCACUUUGGAACCUGUAAAUUCCGGAGAGGACAAAUCGGCGAGAUCUAGGUCACGAAUUCGUAUAAUUACUGCUAUCGAGGAUACCGUGUUUCCGUUGUCGAAAACUCUUCCAACGAGGAAUAACAUACGCGACGGGUCUUCCGAGGACAAAUCCCAACCCUCUGCAGAGAAAUCUACCACAUUUUACAACUCUGCUCUUCGGUCAGAGGCUACGGUGGCUCUUUACCAUAAGUACGUGUAUUCGGCAGCUCAGAAGUGCGACUCAUUCAGGGACGCUUGUAUACUCGGUCGGAUUUGGCUGCGUCAACGAGGUUUCCGGUCAUCAUUUCAAGGUGGUGGAUUUGGAGGCUUUGAGUGGGCCGCACUCCUGUCUCUCCUGUUUGAAGGUGGAGGUCCAAAUGGGAAACCUAUACUUUCAAAGUCAUACAGCAGCUAUCAACUUUUUAAGGCUACGUUGCAAUUCAUUGCAGGGAGGAAUCUAAUUCAACCUUUGCAACUGUUUGCUACCGGAAUUUCAUUCCCGCAGGGUGGACCCGUCCUUUAUGAUGGUAAGAGAGGAUUGAAUAUUUUGUAUAAAAUGACUCCAUGGUCCUAUGCUCUCCUUCGCCAUGAGACGGUGAUUACUUUGAAGAUGUUGAAUGACUCACGACAUGAUAACUUUGAACGGGUCUUUAUUGUCAAAGUCAGCGAGCCUAUGCUUAGGUUCGACCGGCUUGUCUCCCUCCCUUUCCUGUACAAUGGAGAAGUAUCCGAGGCAGUUCGCUGUCAAUCUGCCAUUUACGAUGUACUGUCGAGGGCUUUGGGAAACAGGGUUAAACUCAUCUUUCUCUCAAGCUGCGGUGCUGGAGCUUGGUCUGUUCACGCAAAACGUUCACCAAAGAAGACAGUCCAGACGCUGUUCGUGGGUCUUCUAUUAGACCCCGAAAAUUCUACGCGCGUUGUUGAUCAUGGCCCAUCCGCCGAAGAACGAGAUGAAGCAGCGUCUUUCCGAUCCUUUUGGGGAGAUAAGGCUGAGCUGAGACGCUUCAAAGAUGGCAGCAUUCUCGAAAGCUUAGUAUGGUCUGAUCUGCCUUCUGCGCCAUCUAUAAUAUACCAAAUUCUUGUCUAUAUACUGCGCUGUCAUUUUGCAAUAACGGAGAGCGAUAUCAGAUACAUUGGUGACGCAUACGACGAAAGACUCCGCAGCGUGGGCGACAAUAUCCUCUCGUACUCUGACCCAUCAUUCCAAACGAUAACAAGUGCCUUCACAUCUUUGGAAAGAUCUAUCCAAACCAUGGACGAUGUCCCACUAACAGUUAGGCAACUGUCUCCAGCUAGCCCGCUUUUCCGAUACACGUCUCUCCAAGUCCAUGCCGCGAGCAAACCUGUGGAUCUUGUCCUUCAAUUUGAGAGUUCUGGACGAUGGCCAGAUGACCUAGCAGCAAUUCAGAUGACCAAGGUAGCCUUCCUAAUUAAAAUAGGUGAUUCACUGGAGUCAUCAGGCGUUGCUUCGUUGUGCCGGGUUGGGCUGGAAAACGAAUCUAGCAAGAUCUUGAAUAGUGCAUUCUUGGACAUUGCUCAUGUAUCUGGAAUCACCUUUCGCCUGAGAAUUCACCACGACCGGGAGCAGACAUUGUUAGAGCGUCAACUAAAGGAGAAAGGCAUUGGCUCUCAAACAAGAGAGCAGAUAGCGUAUGCUCUGUUCGCAUACAAGCGCCUCUUCGUUCAAGCUCCUCGCCUUACGCAAGCAAUUCGUACUCUCUGCACGCGAUUUCCGCUACUAUCACCGACUGUACGCCUUGUGAAACACUGGUUCAAUGCUCAUCUUUUUGCUGCACACAUCAACGAAGAACUGAUCGAAUUACUUACGACGCGAACAUUUACUCAGCCACAGCCGUGGGACACUCCAUCAAGUGUCAUGGCCGGCUUCUUGAGAACUAUUCAUUUUCUUUCGAGAUGGGAUUGGCAGCAGGAACCGCUAAUUGCCGAUUUGGGUGGGGAGCUUAACCAGCAGGAUAUUGAAGCGAUAAACACUCGUUUUGCUGCCUGGCGGAGUAUUGACCCAGCUAUGAACAACAUUACUCUAUUUGCGGCGUCGGAUAUUGACCACGAUGGUGUUACUUGGACACAAUACGAAAUGCCACCCAAAGUUGUCGCGGCUAGGAUAUCCACGUUGGCAAAGGCGACAAUAAAAUUGUUGCGAGAGAAGGGGGAUUCUCUUGAUGUGCACGAUCUCUUCCACACGUCCUUAGCUCCUUACGACUUUGUCAUCAAUUUACGUCCCAAAUUAUUAGUCGACCGACCACUCCCUUCCAAGUUUAAAAAUUUGGAUAACCACACCACAGGCAGAGCAAGCAAAUCUACUGCGCUUCGUUAUUUCGUUCGGGAUUUGCAAGCGUGCUACAACCAAAGCAUUCUCCUGUUCCAUGGGGGUGAGCAUUGCAGCGUGAUUGCGGGCCUUUGGAACCCACAGAAUAUGAAGCCCAGAGAGUUGAACUUGAAGAUGGCCUACUCGACUUCUCCGGCAUCCCCCACUGAUUCAAGGGAAACACAAAAAGACGUUGUGAAGGUCAAUUGCUCCGCGAUUCUGAAUGAAAUUUCCAGGCUGGGUGGCACCAUGGUUGAAAGCAUCGAAGUUCACAGAACUGAUACGAGCGAAGGUUGA